AUGUCUUUCCUCGGUGGCUCCUCUUCCCCUUCCUCUGCUGAAACCAAGGCCGGCCUCAUGUUGCAAGUCCAGCAGGAGGCUGCCAUGAACAACGCUCGUCUCCUGAUUCAAAAAGUCAACGACCACUGCUUCGAAGCCUGUGUCCCCAGCCCCGGUGCUUCCAUGUCCGCCCAGGAGAACACCUGUGUGAGCAGCUGUAUGAACAAGUACAUUUCCACCUGGAACAUUAUCAGCCGCUCCUACAUCAGCCGUGUCGCUGUCGAGUCCAAGAAAGCGGGUGACGCGAACGUCAUUGCCUCGCUCGGCUCCGGUCUGUAA